GACAGAGCGCGGGGUUUUGGGUACAAAGAGUUCUCCCAGAAAUCAAUGGAAAUUGAAUCAAUGGUCUGCUGAAGUUUCCAUGGAGAAUUCUGUAACAGCCAUGGCCGAGUCAAACGAGCAACAUGCGGCUCAAUCGUUCGAUGAAACCUCUCCAUCUAGGAAGGCUGGCCUCUUCUAUAAGCUAGUAGUGCCGUCUAUUCUUCAAGACAAGAAGCUGAAAAUACCGAAAAAAUUUGCAAAGAAGUUUGGAGAUGAUCUUUCUGAUUUUGUUACUCUAGUUGUUCCUAAUGGUUACCGAUGGGUUCUGGAAUUAAAAAGACAUGGCCGUAGUUUGUGGUUUGAGGAUGGCUGGCAUGAAUUUAUCAGACACCAUUGCAUUCAAGUUGGGCAACUCUUGGUGUUCAGAUUUGAAGGAAAUUCCGUUUUCAACUUUUACAUGUUCAACCUGACUUCUAUUUCUAAUGGUUCAUGCAAUACUUCAAAUGCUUCCUGUGAACAAAGCCCAAUUGCACUUGGAAAAGAAGCUGAAUGUGAGAAAUUAGUUGAAAUAUUUGGUUACAGUUCUCCGGACCCUUCGCAUUCUUCGGGCAAGAAGGCUUUUUGUGAAUCUUCAGAGCAGCAGAAAUUCCAUGGAAGUUCCAAUGAAGCUAGCACUAAGAACUUUACGCAUUGGUUUGAAACACAGAACCUGCAUCCUCCAAAGGAUUUUGAUUAUACACUCGAAGGUUCAGAUAAGUUGCAAGUUCUAAGGUCAAAUGGAGAUAUUGGUAUUCAGUUCAAUGGAGAUGAGCUCGCAAAAGCUAGAGAGAAUCUUGACUUUCAAUUCUCUAAUGAAAUAGAAGAAGGAGCCAAGAAAAAGAAGUUAAAAGUUGAACCAAUUGACUACUACAAUGAGCCAUUAUUCGAAAAAAAAUGUGGAAACAUCCCACAUAAAAUUACUAGGAUGGCUUUCGGAGUCGAGGAGUUCGCGUUUGGCAAUCCUUUUUGCUGGAUUGUUAUGAGACAUUCCUAUGUACGCAGAGGAUUCCAUCUGCAUAUACCGUCCAAGUUUUCUGAGAAGUAUCUGAAAGGGGUCUCAGGCGACAUCACGCUUCAGGUUUCUAGUGGAAAGCAAUGGCGUGUUCGAUGUGUUCGUGAAGGUCCUGGCACCAAACUAACCAGGGGAUGGGCUAACUUUGUCAUGGAGAACGAUUUGAAAGAAGAAGAUGUUUGUGUUUUUGAACUGCUUGAUAUAAAAGACAUUGUGCUGAAAGUUACAAUAUUCCGUGCCCAUGACUUUCCAACAAAAACUUGAAUCCAAGGAAAACGUGGAAGCCCAGCUGGAACAUAUCCAGUGCAUUACAAUGCCAAUAUGUUUAAGUUUUUCUCAAAGACUGAUGACAACGAGGUGCGUUGAAUACACAACGCCCUGUUGUUGAAGAUUAUCCUUGUUUAGUCCAUGCAGCUUUUUUUUCUCAAAGCAGGAAGUUGAAGAGUGGUUGAACUUUGAAACUCCAGUGCUUUUAGCCUCCCAUCUGUACAUUCUUCUCUACAUGGAAAAGUUAAAAAGUUGGUUUUCUUA